CCGGACUCAUGGAAGCGGCGGCGGGGCUGGGACUGCGGAGGCCUCGGGCCGGGUGAAUCUCUCCUCUUGGUAACAUAGAGAAAGGAUCAUCAUGCCGACUGUGGUGGUGAUGGACGUGUCGCUCUCCAUGACCCGGCCUGUUUCUGUGGAGGGCUCUGAAGAGUAUCAACGGAAACACCUGGCUAUCCAUGGAUUGACCAUGUUGUUUGAGCACAUGGCCACCAAUUACAAACUUGAGUUUACAGCCUUGGUGGUCUUCUCAUCGCUUUGGGAACUGAUGGUUCCCUUUACAAGAGAUUACAACACGCUUCAGGAAGCCCUAAGUAACAUGGAUGAUUAUGACAAAACGUGCUUAGAAUCGGCACUGGUUGGGGUUUGUAAUGUUGUGCAACAGGAAUGGGGUGCUGCGAUUCCCUGCCAGGUUGUUCUAGUAACUGACGGCUGUUUAGGGAUUGGCAGAGGCUCUCUGCGGCACUCCUUAGCUACGUGCAACCAACGAAAUGAAAGCAGCCGGUUUCCACUGCCUUUUCCCUUCCCAUCCAAGUUAUACAUCAUGUGCAUGGCUAAUCUAGAAGAGCUCCAGAGCUCAGAUUCUUUAGAUUGUCUGGAAAGACUUGUAGAUUUAAAUAACGGGGAAGGACAGAUUUUUACCAUCGAUGGACCCCUUUGCUUGAAGAAUGUACAGUCCAUGUUUGGAAAACUAAUAGACCUGGCUUAUACACCAUUCCAUGCUGUUCUCAAAUGUGGUCACUUAACAUCUGAUGUGCAAGUAUUUCCCAGACCAGAACCUUUCAUUAUAGAUGAGGAAAUAGAUCCCAUCCCUAAAGCAAUUAAUACAGAUCUAGAAAUAGUUGGUUUUAUAGAUAUAGCUGAUAUUUCUAGCCCUCCUGUAUUAUCUAGACACUUGGUACUGCCCAUUGCACUCAACAAAGAAGGUGAUGAGGUGGGACCGGGGAUCACUGAUGACACUGAGGAUGAGAAUUCAGCUAAUCAAAUUGCUGGCAAAAUACCCAACUUCUGUGUACUGCUGCAUGGGAGCCUGAAAGUGGAAGGCAUGGUGGCCAUUGUUCAGUUAGGGCCUGAAUGGCAUGGAAUGCUGUACUCCCAAGCUGAUAGUAAGAAGAAAUCAAACCUCAUGAUGUCUCUCUUUGAACCUGGUCCUGAGCCCCUGCCUUGGCUAGGGAAAAUGGCACAGCUUGGGCCUAUUUCAGAUGCUAAAGAAAAUCCUUAUGGCGAAGAUGACAAUAAAAGCCCUUUCCCCUUACAGCCCCAAAACAAGCGCAGUUAUGCGCAGAAUGUCACUGUGUGGAUCAAACCAAGCGGCCUCCAGACAGAUGUACAGAAGAUCUUGAGAAAUGCAAGAAAACUCCCUGAAAAAACUCAAACAUUCUACAAAGAACUCAACCGUUUACGCAAGGCAGCCUUGGCUUUUGGAUUUUUGGACCUUUUGAAAGGAGUGGCAGAUAUGCUGGAAAGGGAGUGUACGUUGCUGCCUGAUACAGCUCAUCCCGAUGCAGCAUUUCAGCUCACUCAUGCUGCUCAGCAACUCAAAGCAGCAAGUAAUGGGACCUCUGAAUAUGCUGCCUAUGACCAUAACAUCACUCCGCUGCAGACAGACUUCUCCAGUAGCAGCACUGAAAGAAUAUGAGAUGCACUUUUUAGAACCUUCUCUACAUUACUUUUAAGUCUCAAGUGGUCCAAAUUUUCCUGUCAUAUUUGUUUCCUAGGACUGACUCAGAUAUCGUUUGAAGAACUUUAUCAAUGCAAACCGGUGCUCUAAAACAAUCUAGUUUCUUAAUCUGGGAUUAAUUCGUAUACCUCUUAGUGGAUUUAGUUUUACCUGGAAAUUGUAUUUUUAAAUGCCUCAUGAAAGUCUCAACAAGAAUGGAGGUUAUAUAGUAUGAUUAUUAAGGUGUGUGAGAGGAGAGAUGAGGAAAAUGCUGUCAUAUGCAAUGGACUGGUGCCAGUGGCUUAGAACUGUCUCUCUCCCCUCCCCCCCCAAGAACCAGUCAUCAGGUAACCCCACACAUAACCCGUAACAAUUAGACUGGUGCACAAAAGCACUGUGUAAAACUUUUCUCCAGAGAGAGGCAGGUGUUAUCUAUUAGGGCCUGGCUUUCAAAAACAUCAGCUAUGCAACUGCAUGUACUUGACUUACCCAGUCAAAGACUGAGCGUAUGAAUACUGCAUGUGGUUAGAUGUAUAGCUGGCAAGUUUUGGAUACUGUCAGUAAUUGCAUUCCUGACUUUAAAGAUUUAAGCCCUGCCUUUCAAAAUGUAAAGUUACUAAAGUUUCAGGUAUCUCAUUUGCCUCAAGACAUUCAUAUUUGAGAAAGUAACUUACAUUCUAGCAAGAGAAAAGUUCAUUUUUUAACAAAAUUGUAAGAUACCACAUUAACAAAUAAAGAGUAACUUUUUAUGGAAGCUUUCAGUGGUUUUGGAUCCAGUUUCAAAAGAACGGACGUGCAUGUUUAGCAUUACGGAGGCUUACUUUCAUCAUGUCUUUCCAUCAUGAAGGUAAGGUAACAAAUUGCUCUUGUUCGCUUGCAUAAGAGGCUGUACAAAUAGCAAAAUGAAAGACUUUGCUUGUAAAUCUUUAUUAAUAGAAAUACACAGUCAGCUGCCUUCGGAAGGACAAGCAAACUCAGUAGUUGAAGAUCCAUGGCAAAUCACACCAAAUACGGGUUGCAGUUCCUGCCCCGUACCCUCACAACCAUGUAUUUUAUAAAUGUUUAAAUGCCCUUUAAAGGAAUUAAAAGAAUGAAUGCUGUGUUAAAUUCUCAGUGUCGGCACCAAGAUAUUCGAUUCACUGUCAAAUAGAUGUGUAUGUAGAAGUGACACAGUGUAUAAAUUAUGGUGUAACUACCCUGAGGAAGCUGGCCAUGCCCUUGUUUAGCCUUUCACACAGGCUCAUUUUAACACAUUUAGGCCAGGUCUAUGCUACAGACCUAUAUUGGUAUGACGACGUCCCGCGCCUGAGCGACACGCAGUUAUACUGACCUAACCCCAUGUGUAGACAGCGCUAUGUCUAUGACAGAGCAUCUCCCACCUAGCUACCACCUCUUGGGGAGGUGGAUUAACUAACUACACCGACAGGAGACGCUCGCCCGUUGGGAUAGGUUUGUCUUCACUUAAGUGCUGCAGCUGCGCUGAUGCAGUAUUUUAAGAGUAGCCCUGCCCUUCGAUGGUGAAAGUUCCUUAGGAUGGUGUCUUUUUGCAGAAUGCCUUCAGUGGCGGUUGGACCACUUCUCUGCAAAAACCCCACCUAAAUGUUCUAGUGUUAACCUCACAAUAACAAUCAUUGGGGAAAAGGGUAUUUCACAUUGAAAAUAUAGC